AUGGCGAACCAUUCCUGUGAUUAUAACUGUGCAGGGGUGUUUGAUGGAAUGAAACUUCAACUCAGGACCAUUAAAGAUGUCAAAGAAGGAGAAGAGUGUACAAUCAGCUAUGUAGAUGUCAUCAACCCAGCUAAAGAGAGACAGGCUAAGCUGGAAGAGGAAUAUCACUUCACCUGCAAGUGUGUGAAAUGCGUUGAAGAAAUCAAUGCUUCGGGUCCAGUAGAUGAUGGUUCAGGUGAAUUAGAGCUCCAAGAUUGUGCCAAAGUGUUACAGCUCUGUGGACCCUACCUGAAGCCGAUGGACUCCUCUAGCAGUAUUCCAGUCAAUCAUUAUCUCCUGGUGAGGGUCAGACAUAGAGCACUUAUUGCAUACAUGGACUUACAAGAAUGGGAGAAAGCUGCUGAGAUUGGACAGCUGAUCACAGAGCAUUACAGGUAA